CUGCUUCAUCCAUCGCCAGACUUACCGCUAUCCUUUUAAUCGCUGCCGCGUGGGCUCUAGACAAAAACAGACACAUCAGAAUGCCAAAGGCGGACCGCAAUGCGCGGAACCAGCCGCUUAAAGAAGUAGGGCCUAUGGCUAUGGAUGCGGAUGACGCCGGGCCGCUUCCCGACAAGCCCAAGUUCGCGCCGCUGGCGCCUGGCGACAAGGGGGCUGGCGGCGAAGCCAAAGUGGAGUUUCGUCGUGUGCCGGUGCCCCAACAUCGCAUGACGCCAUUAAAAACUGCGUGGAUGGAGCUAUACAAGCCUAUCACCGAGAACCUGAAGCUGGACAUGCGGAUGAACCUAAAGACAAAGAAGGUGGAGCUCAAGUCCACGCCGCAGACGACGGCCUCGGACGCGCUGCAGAAGGCAGCCGACUUUGUGCACGCAUACCUGCUAGGCUUUGAGAUCCGGGACGCCGUGGCGCUGCUCCGACUGGACGACCUGUAUGUGGAGUGCUUUGAGAUCAAGGACGUCAAGACGCUCCGCGGCGAGCACCUCUCGCGCUGCAUUGGCCGCCUCGCCGGCAAGGACGGCAAGACCAAGUUCACGAUCGAGAACGCCACCCGCACACGUAUCGUGCUGGCAGACACGCGCAUCCACAUCCUGGGCUCCUUCCAGAACAUCCGCGUGGCGCGCGACGCGCUGUGCGCGCUCAUCCUGGGCUCGCCCGCCUCCAAGGUCUACUCCAAGCUGCGCUCCAGCUGCUCGCGCCUCAACGACAGCUAGAGCGGCGGCGGGGGCUGCGGGGCAGGAGGAGCCACGGGGAGGAGGAGCAGGGCAGGGGAAGGAGGGUUUCGGGUGGAUCGGGGCUGGAGAGGGCCGCUGUGGCGCUGGUGCAGGUGGUUGGUGGAGAGCCGUGGGACAGCGGCCGGGCGGCGGCCGGGCAGGGCGGGGAACCCGCACCAGCACCGCAAGAAGCGCUAGCACAAGCAUUGAUGUUGGCAGCUUGGCAUUCGCUCUGGCGCUUGGCGCUGGUUCUGGGCCUGGCGCUGGCGCAGCAGCCCGAUCGCUGAAGCUCUGCCGGCGCGCAGCGGUGUUGCGCUGGCAGACCUGGCAGACCUGGCAGACCUGGCAGACCUGGCAGGAGGGCAGCCCUGGCAGGAGGGCGAGGCAGGCGCCGUGACGGCCGCAGCGGUUGGGGCCGGUGCAACGCCGGUUGAGGCCGGUGCGCGGGCGGAGGGCGGGAGGGUGGGGUAGGCUGGUCAAGUCAGGUGACCAAGAUAAGUGGGGGAAUGUGUGGGGGGGGGCCAGGUCCAACCGACUGCGUUGAGUGUGGGUGGGUGCUUGAGGCGGGCACUGGGCUGCCGUAGGCCGCAGGGUGGUUGGUGGCGGUUGACAACUGCGGCAAACGCUAGCGCUAAUGCGCGCCAGGUGCAAUUUCUCGAAUCACGGCGAGUGAGUGAGAGACGAUGUAUGGCAUUGCCGUUAGGCUGACUGACAACGUGCGUGCAUGCGCAGACGAGAACGGAGUGGGUAGAGGGCGCGCGCCAUGGCUUACCGCGGACUGAUGGUGACCAGCCACCCCGCACACCUGUCUUCUGCGUUUGGUGUGCGCGGGACAGGGAGCUUGCUGUUGCGGGCGUGUGUGUUGUCGGGGCUGGUUGCAUGUUCUGCCGCCUGAGAACGUCUCUGGGGACGGACGCAGCGGUGGCAGGCGCAUGUCGCUUGUGUCAAGGUGUGUUAUCAUAGCUAUUGUUUGCUUUCGCAGGAUAGAUGCUGACUCUAGACCAUGUACCAUAUACGUAACCAGACCGUAGCAACAUAAGGUAGGCUUAGCGGCGAGCAGGCCAGACAGUGGGUAUGACGUGUGUGUUGGUGGUGUGCGAGUUUUCAGACAAAGACGAGAAUGCAUGGACGAGACGCAGGGGCUGAAGCAUUGUGGGCAAUACUGGGGGAGAAUGCGCAAGGAAUGUGCAGCUUCUGUGCCCGGGUUGAGCUGGGGUGGGGGCUGUGCUGUAACUUGAGGACUUGGACGGGGCAGCGGUUCAGAAUACAAUGAACCGCGAUCUGUGCGUGACCGAAAAAUAUAUGUCCCAUGACACUGGGGAUUUGAGUGCAGUGUGGGCAGUGACUUGCAUGGAGAGAGAUGCAUGGUGCGAGCGGACUGGACCGGCGUUCAAAGUGCGUGCCGAACGGUGCCGAUGGUCUCGGAACCGCCGGGACGCGUCAUCAGCGACCAGGAAAACCCGAGAAACGUUUGAGCUCUUGCAAUCGAACGCCAUACCUUUA